GGAGGGAUGAAGGGGUGUGGUGAAGUAUAAAGCAUCCAUAGCAUCCAUUUCUCCAUCACUACAGCUCCUCCAGGACCAACUCCGACUCUCUCUUCUCCUUACAUCUAAAAAAAUCAGCUUUGUUAUCAUCAUGCCUGAUAUCCAGAUGGCUAUGUCCCUACUCAUCAACGCUUUUGAAAAAUAUGCCAAAAAGGACGGUGAUAAUCAUGUGCUGAGUAAGGCAGAGCUGAGAGAUCUGCUUCAGGAAGAACUUAAAGAAAUGCUGGGGAAUGCCCCAGACAAGACAGCAGUGGACAGACUCUUCAAGGAGCUGGACGAAAAUGGAGACAACAGUGUGGACUUUAAAGAGUUUGGCAAAAUGAUCUUCUGCCUCACCGUGAUGUGCCACGAGUGCUUUACUUGUAAAAAGUAGGGAUCCAAGCGCCACCUUGGGGCUGACAUAGAGAGCUGCCGUCCUGUGGAAAAGCUGAGAAAAGAAGAAAAACAUGCACUAUUUACUGAAAAUCACAGAAACACAUAUGUUGUAAUCCGUAUGACAUGAAAUAAACUUUUCUUAACUUGUGCA